AUGGACGAAUACUCAGAUGAUGAAUUUGAUCAGCUGAACGACACUACUCUCCAAGAGCUCGAGGAUAAUGCCAUUCGCCUCACUCAAGCCCAGCCCAAGUUCAACGACUCUCAACUUCACGAUUGGUCACAGGUCGAGAACUACAAUGACCUGGAGUUCGAAGACGACGACCUCGACGAUACCGAGGUGACAAACGAGCUUCUUCCUGUCAUUACCAGGCCCCUUCCCGAGAAGACGGUACCUCAACAUCACACGCAUCUACCCGGACGACCUUCCCUACAACCACAACCACAACGAUGGAAUCCACCCCCUGCACCCGCGAAUCCACCACCUCUCUCUUCUCGUCCUCGAUACCCUCCGCCAGUCCCGUCUUUUGCACCUCCCGCUGCCUCUCAGCGCUUUCAGCCUCCCGUCGGUGCUCCCUAUCGUCCUCAACCAACCCAAUUUGGGAGGCCCCCGCUUCCUUCGUCGACUCGAUACAAUCCCCCGCUAUCCCAGGCUCAACCAACACUGCCUGCUGGUAACGAUGUUGUUGCUGCUCUACAACAACGGCUCAAGGCGCUUGAGGCCGAGCUCAACUCCACUCGCGGAGAGGUUGCCAUCAUCCGUUCGAAUUCCACCAAGGCCCAACAAGACCACACCGCUGAAAUCGCACGCCUUAAGAAGCAGAAUGCAGAGCAGGCGGCCAAACAAGAGAGGGCAGUUGAGGCUGCUGUGGCUGCUGAGAGGCAGGCCACCACGGAGCUUCAGUUUCUUCAGCGUGAUAUGAAAGACGCAGUGAGCCGGCCACGUCGGAAGGAUACAGCACAGGAAAUCUCGGUGUCGGGGACAACCACGCCAAAGAAGACGAACAAGACUUGGGGCAUGGCCGACGGGUUUGAUGACAUGGACAUCGCACCAAGCCCUUCCAAGGCGAGGGGAAAGACGCGUGAUGCUGGUCCAGUUGCCGUUCCCAUGUCAGAAAGAACGCCCACGAAAGGCAAGCGAAAGCGACCUACCGUUGACAGCCCAGUCAUGGCCCUAGAGACCCAUGCGGAAGAUGCGAUCAUGGUUGACGAUUCGGCCACUAUUGCGCCACCUGUUCAAUACCCAGGCCCGGGGCCAAAUGUAUUGCCUUUCGAGUUCCUCCAAGUAAUUCUUGAUCAUGGCUCGCUACAUGGGGAGCCGCCGACGUUUGACAUCUUGUCUCGGUACACAUUCCCCUCAGAUCCGGCAACAUCUUUCGCCUCCCUCAUAUUCCGAGAGCUGCCUCUGAUGGGCAAUCCGCUGAACCCGGUGCAGCUUCUGGUGGACUUUUCCCGCCUCAUAAUUCGCAUGUGGAACCAGUGUUUAAAUGAAAACUUUCUACGUCCAAUUUGGGACCUCACCUCCCUGCUCUCUUUUACCCUUCAGUUGCAAACCAUGUCAGUGGUGCCUCAAAUCAUCAACGAACUGGUCCCUACGGCGCAACAGUCUAUUUACUUGGUUGCUGAAGCACGCUUUCUGAGUGUCGAUGGCGGCAUCUCACCUGAUCCCGCAAUAGACGCCUUACAGCAACAUGUUGAUACCACCUACAUCUUGUCGUUACUCUACGCCUCUGCCGCCGCUUGCGCCACCACCUUGACGGAGACUGAAAACGGCACCCAAACUCGACAGACUGACUUCUGGCAACUGAUUAGUUUCGAUCUUGUUCUUGUAUUGCUGACACCCAAGCAGCGGCUAGACGAUAUCCUUGGUAUGCUCAACAUGCUCUGCACAUCUGCUCUCGCCAGCUCCGUUGGCCCCAUUGUCUCCGGCAAGGAGCCUGAUUUGCUAGCAAAAAUGAUCAUCGACAAGGUGUCACUGAAUCUCGUUGACCUCCCACGUGCAGCCGUCACCACUAGCGAGAAACAUGCCGUGAGGUUCGCCGUUAUACAGACGCUCAUGGCCUUUGCGCGCACGCCGUACGGCGCACGACAAAUCGCGGUUCAUAUCAGUGUCAUACCGCGCUUAGUCACGGCGCUCAGCGAACUAGUAGAUGCACUUUACGACCUUUCGAAUCCUGUGGCAGGCAGGAACGUUAGCGGCUCCUCAUCCUCGCGCAAGGACGGGGCCGUGGUCGUAGCCCCGGAUGAUCCCCGCGAUGAUGCCGAAGAUUGGGAUGAUGAUCGUAGUAGUCCGUCACUGUUAAUAUCGCAAAUCGUUCUCCUGCUCCACACGUUGGCAACAGACCCCAAUACAGCCAACGUCGCCAACAUUCUCUCGAAAUUGUCCAUGUCACACGGUGGCUCGCAACGAUACAUCCUGUCACUCUCACGGCUAAAUUUCGCCGAGGAAGACCUGAUCUACGAGGCCGGCAUUGACGCAGACACAGUUGACAGAGCUCACGAACUACUGGAAAUUGGGGUUACUCCGGAUGAGGGCGACAGCGUAGCCGAGUCAUUUGGUGUGUGA